AUGAGAUGUAUUGUUGUUGAUUAUAUAGCAGUAAAAGGAAAAUACGCAAAAUAUCUGCCGCAUAGUGCUGGUCGAUACCAAGUAAAACGUUUUCGAAAAGCAACAUGCCCAAUUGUUGAGCGACUUGUAUCUUCAAUGAUGAUGCAUGGUCGUAAUAAUGGCAAAAAACUGAUGGCUGUACGUAUUGUUAAGCAUGCUUUUGAGAUAAUACAUCUUCUUUCUGGAGAGAAUCCAGUGCAAGUUCUUGUCAACGCAGUUAUAAACAGUGGUCCGAGGGAAGAUUCAACUCGUAUUGGGCGUGCUGGUACUGUUCGUAGGCAAGCUGUAGAUGUAUCACCGUUAAGACGUGUUAAUCAAGCAAUUUGGCUUUUAUGCACAGGUGCACGUGAGGCUGCCUUUAGAAAUAUCAAAACGAUCGCUGAAUGUUUAGCCGAUGAAUUAAUUAAUGCGGCAAAGGGUUCAUCAAAUUCAUACGCCAUCAAAAAGAAAGACGAACUUGAACGAGUUGCUAAAUCCAAUCGUUAA